AUGGUGUUGGAUUCAGAAAAAUCUCCUUUUGAUGCUCGGUUGAGCGCCAAAGCCAAGGGCUGUGGUAGGUGGAACUACAGUGGGAUCGAGAGGGAGUAUCCCAAGUCAGUGUGGAAGGUUCGUCAGUUCUCUGACGCGGCAGAUGAAAAACCCUCGCCUCAAGGAACUGAGGCCGAAGAGCCCAUAGCUGUAGAAGGAGCCGGUUGUGCAGUUCCCGCCCUUUCCCAGAAGAAUCCAAACCACCAUAAAGUGUCUUUAAUGCCUUCUAACAGGUUUUGCGAGAGAAAAGCAAAAUACGUGGUGAGGAAGCCGCUAGUCGGCAAGACCGCUUGCAAAGAUGAUGUACGUCCUCGUUUGAGCAGACUCGGUUUAUACCCCGAAGACCAGCAGAUAAAAACAGCGGAGUGCUCAAAUUCUGCUUGGCUGCUUCGAGGUGUGUCAGAACCCCGCGCGGUUCUUCCAAGCUCCACCAUGGAUUCUAAACAUCACAGCACCUCCGUUGAUUCCCUCCACUGCCUUGAGGCUGACUGUAAGAGCCAGACAGCAUUCACAUAUUCGUCCACUCCAAAACCUUUGCCUGGUAAAAGAGCUUCUCUUUCGGAUGCCUCAAUGCCGUUAUUUCCUACGACUCGCCUUUCUCCCGAACUUUCCGAGGACAGUGAUUUUGAGCAGCACGAAUGGACAAGGUCGAAAAGCUUCUCGGCUUCUGGGGCUCUUCCAUCCUUUGAAGCAUUUACCUCUCAGUGUCUGCACAGACUGUCUGACCCCAAAGAAACCUCCAUGGCAGGCAUACGCAAGCGAAUUUCUGUGAAUGGGUGUUCAGCAGCUGGACAAGUAAGGAAUAUGUCCCCCUUCCAGGCGGAUUACUGGGCGUGUGCCAUCCCCGAUUCCCUUCCGCCAUCCCCAGACCGCCAAUCCCCCCACUGGAACCCCAAUAAAGAAUACGAGGACUUGCUUGAUUAUACCUAUCCCAUCAGGCCAAAAUACAAACUUGCCAAGACCCUCAAGUACGGGAUGCGUGAUUCCUCCAUCCACGAUUCGGGGAUUGACCUCGACAGCCUUCCCAUUUCACCAGAGAGUACCUUGAACUCCACGAGUGUGCCAGGUCAAGAGCAUCAAACUACAGGGAUCCAGACUGCACAGAAAUUUCGGAGCCUUUCGAAAAAGACCGAAUGUUCAGCUCCAGUGUCUUACUCUGGACUUUCGCCAAUUGGGAAAGUAUCCUUUGCAGAUGGCGGUCCUUCAGUUGAUAGAACCAUUUUUUCUAGAGAGCCAGCACAAGCGUUGCCUCUUAGAAACGCAGGACCUGGUUCAUCUGAUUCAACCAACAUAGAGAAGCAACGUUGGCAAGCGAGAGAACAUAACUGUAUUACAAGGGACACUGGCAAACACGACUGCAACUUAAGGAGAGUUGCUACCGGUGGCUUCAUACGUUCCACAAGAAUGUUGCCAUUACAGAACGAAUGUGGUAGCGACGAGGAGUACCUCCCCCUUCCGCCACGACUCAAGGAAUUAGAGAGAUUGGCUCAGCAGCUGACGGAUCUCUCGCUCACGAUAAGGAAACCCGUGCAUGGCCACUUAGAAGAUGCUUUCGCGUCCAUCGGGGUGAAUGGAGAGCACCUUCCUCUGGAGGUUCACGGAGGUGACGGGAGCCAGUGGGAAAUAGACUGCGAUUCUUGUCGUGCGGGGAGCUCUCAGGAAUGCAGCGAGGAAGACCUGCUGAGCAACCAAGGCUAUGAGGAUUGUGUAAACACGCACAAAGAUACUGCUAACGCUGACACAAGGGAUUUUGUGGAGACAGACUGCUUCAAGACUGGAAGUGAGCAUCAGAAGGAAGGGGAGGACCAUCAUGAAGAUUCUCUUGCACAGCGUAUAAAGAUAUUUUGCUGUCGACUAGAAGAGCUGAUCCGUUGGCUGCGCAAGAUAGCGGAAAUUACUGACAACUGGAUGCCGCCCAAGCCAGAUGUUGAAAGUGUGAAGGCGUCAUUACAAAGUUACCUGGCGUUGAAAAAGGACUUAGCCAGCCACCAAGCGCUGACAGAAGGGGUCUUGCAAGAUGGGGAAAGGCUCCUUCGAAAUAUGGCAUCCAGUUCACCCGUUCUGCAGCGAACCCUCGCUUUGAUCUCGAAACAAUCCUGCGAGCUUGAAAGCAACGCCGACCUCUUCUACCAGUCGAUCCUGGGAGCGCUGGACACGUUGGAUGCCGGCUUGAGUGAGAGCCGCGACACUCUGCAGCCGGCCGGCCCAACCGAGGCGUCGAAAUGGUUAAUGUCAGCCACGCGUUAA